UUCGUCGCACAAAGAAACGUGGGGGUAGGGCCUAGGCGGCUGGGCCCCGUCCGAAGGCGAAAGUGUGCCGCGUAUAUAAGGCCCGGAGUCAACGGCAAUCAGCAUCCAGUUCACUCCUGGACUCACCCAGAACAUCGUGAAACACAAAAAUGAAGAGCCUGCUAUUACUAGCGCUACUAGCGCUCGCCGUAGCAGCUAACGCUAAGGAGGAUGUAGCGGCGGCUAGUGCUAAGGAGGAAAAGGCGGUGGUUCCGAAAGAGUCGUCACUUGUGGAUAAAUCCAAGAAGCAAGACAAACGUGGAAUCGGCCAUGGCACUUACAGUUACGGUUACGGCUCCGGCUCUGCUGGUUACGGUGACUACAGCGGUCUCAGCGGCUACGACAUCGGGGGUGGUCACAGUGGUCUUUUGUACGGAUCAUCGAACCUUGGAGGCUUGAACUCAUACUCGUCGAACAACUUCGGAGGCUACGGAGGCUACGGAGGCUACGGAAGCUACGGAGGCUACGGAGGCUACUCAGGCAUCGGAGGCUACUUGGGAGAUUACGGAAACGGAGGCGCCGCUGAGCACGUGAAGACGGUUACGGUGGUGAAGAAGGUUGCCGUGCCCUACCCGGUUGAGAGGCACAUCCCUUACCCCGUCGAGAAGCAGAUACCCUACCCAGUCAAGGUCCCGGUCCCGCAACCCUACCCGGUUGAGAAGCAGGUUCCGUACCCAGUGAAGGUACUGGUCAAAGUUCCGGUCCACGUCCCGCAGCCCUACCCGGUAGAGAAGAGGGUUCCGUACCCCGUCCACGUCACGGUCGACCGUCCCGUCCCCGUCAAGGUGCUCGUGCCGCAACCCUACCCCGUAGAGAAGCACGUCCCCUACCCCGUCAAGGUUCCCGUUCCACAACCCUACCCCGUUGAGAAGCAGGUGCCCUACCCGGUCAAGGUUCCAGUCCAUGUGCCGCAGCCCUACCCCGUCGAGAAGCUCGUCCCGUACCCCGUGAAAGUCAACGUCGACAGGCCCUACCCCGUUCAUGUUCCGAAGCCAUACCCAGUCACGGUGGAGAAGCCGGUUCCGUACCCAGUUGAGAAGCCAGUUCCAUACCCAGUUAAGGUUCCGGUAGACAGACCCUACCCUGUCCAUGUGCCCAAGCCCGUGCCCUACGAAGUCAAGGUACCGGUUCCCCAGCCCUUCCCCGUUGUGAAGCAUAUUCCGUACCCAGUUGAGAAGCCAGUUCCGUACCAAGUCAGGGUUCCCGUUGACAGACCGUACCCCGUUCACGUAGAGAAGCCCGUCCCGUACCCAGUUGAGAAGCCUGUUCCAUACCCGGUUAAGGUUCCGGUUGACAGACCAGUUCCCGUUACCGUUACUAAGCACGUUCCCUAUCACGUCGUCAAGCAUGUUCCGUACCCAGUUCACGUCCAUGAAGAGGAGGGUGGUUUUGAUUCGGGGUAUGGCGGGGGUGGCGAUGGUGGACAGACUUCCGUCGGUGAUUAUGAGUCCAGUUUUGGCGGGUACCAGGAGUCUCACCAUGGACACUAGGGACCAUGGUAUCUUCUACUGUCUUCUUGUACCUUUUUACGUUCGGCCACUGCUACGAUCGUGACUCUUUUCGAUGUGGAUGCGAGGAAAAAAAUAAAUCUAGACGCGGAAACUCCGAAGCAGUGAGUCUAUGCAUGUACCUGUAUUGAUGUAUCCUAUGAUGUAUCGUUUAAUUGUUUUCUAUACACUUUCUAAUAAAAACCAAAGAAGAAAAUAAA